AUGUCGUUUCGAGACGAGGGUCCUCGUGACCCAAUAAACGUUCUGCUAUCCAGCGCUUCUGACCUUCCGCGUCCACAAGCGGUGUUGGGUCCUCGCGAUGGUAAUGCUGGCGUCCUAGUUGCCCAGGACGAUGUAGAUGCGGCGGUAAACAAGGCUGUUUAUGCCCAGCUGGAAGCUGAAACUGCCAGUGAGUGUGCUGCACGGGCUGAGAGAACAGCGAGCUAUAUUCGACAGUCGAACCGCGAGCUGCUUGAACGGAUGCGGAACCUGGAAUGCCAGGUUCUUGGGCACGCGCAUACUGGAACGCAGCCGCGUCCGAUUUUCUUGGCGCGUUGA